UACACCGAAGAAUAAACAACAAGAUGUCUGGACGCGGGAAAGGUGUCGGUAAGACCAGGGCGAAGGCGAAGACCAGGUCCUCCCGGGCCGGGCUCCAGUUCCCGGUGGGUCGUGUACACAGACAUCUGAGGAAGGGGAACUUCGCUCAGCGUGUCGGUGCCGGAGCCCCCGUGUACCUGGCGGCCGUGCUGGAGUACCUGACCGCUGAGAUCCUGGAGCUGGCUGGAAACGCUGCCCGCGACAACAAGAAGACCCGCAUCAUCCCCCGCCAUCUGCAGCUGGCCGUCCGCAACGACGAGGAGCUCAACAAGCUGCUGGGCGGAGUGACCAUCGCUCAGGGCGGCGUGCUGCCCAACAUCCAGGCCGUUCUGCUGCCCAAGAAGACCGAGAAGCCCGCCAAGAAGUAAACAACCCGGAAACCGAUACAACAAACCCAAACAAACGGUUCUUUUAAGAGCCAAACACACUUACAACUGAAGACCGAGCUCCUUUGUUACUAUGGUUACAUUUUCAUGACGGUUAGUGAUUGUUUAACAACCAAAAACGGUACAAUUAAAGACUAAUUAUUGUGAUCCUACAGUCUAUAUAAAUGUACAUUAUGAGAUAAGCCUAUUAUUGGACUAGUUUUGUUUUAGUUUCCCGAGAAGCCCGCCAAAAAACAUUCGAACAAAAGGCUGUUUUAUGAAGCCUAAUACAGCAAACUUGAUACUA